AGACGAAUGUGACGAUCGAAAUGGUGGAUUUUGGUAAAGGGCAAAUUGGUGAUUGUGCUAUGUAUAAAGAUAGGAGGUAGCUAAUGCUGCUGUGUGCUGCCAUUUGAAGAGGAAAACCAAAAACCAUAAUUUCUUUUCCUCUCUCUCUUCUCCUUUUCCUUCACACCACCCGACGAGAUCAGAUCAGAGAAGAGGAAGAAAAAUCCAUCCAUCUUCUUCUUAUUCUUCUUAUUCUUCAACAUAUUGCAUUGCAUGUAUCCAAUUCCAAGCUCCUUCCCUUAUCGCUCGCAGAACUCAUCUUUUACCUUCUCUAUCUCUCAAACCCCACGCCGAUUUUAUCUUUUUAUUCUUCAUCAACUUCCUUACCAAACCGGAGCUAGACUUCUAGGAAAAUCAAAUGCAUCGUGGUAAUUUUUCACUUACACCCAAGAAGAAUCAUGUCAAAGAUCUAACUGGUUCAAGUUUCCCCAAUAAUCAACAUAGAAGUCUUCUGGAUCCCAUAUAUGUUUCUUCGUCUUCAGAUGAUGAAAAUAACUUGUCUAAUGACGAUGCAUCUAAGCAAUUAGUCCUUUAUGACCCUGGGACAAAUGGCGACGACACAAUUCAACUUUCCCCUGAUCCUCUUCAGUGUAAACCUCUGCCGCGUCCACGAAGCAAACCUCCAAGUUCAGUUCCUAGAGUUUUGCCAGCAGUUGGUGCAUUCACUGUUCAAUGUGCUUCGUGUUUUAAAUGGAGGUUGAUUCCCACAAAGGAAAAAUAUGAAGAAAUACGUGAAUAUAUCCUUCAACAACCUUUUGUUUGUGAAAAAGCUCGUGAGUGGCGACCUGAUGUAUCUUGUGAUGAUCCGGAGGAUAUUUCUCAGGAUGGCAGUAGGAUUUGGGCUAUUGAUAAGCCAAGCAUUGCACAGCCUCCAGAUGGAUGGCAGCGACUGCUACGAAUCAGAGGUGAAGGAAGCAGCAAAUUUGCAGAUAUAUACUAUGUAGCACCAUCAGGCAAGAGAUUGCGCUCAAUGGUCGAGGUCCAGAAGUUCUUAGCGGAUCAUCCAGAGUACUUGACAGAUGGUGUAAAUCUUUCGCGGUUCUCAUUUCAAAUACCUAAGCCACUGCAAGAAAACUAUGUGAGGAAGCGCUCUCAUGCUAAAUCUGCUGAACCGGAGCAAGUGAGUCCUCUAGCUUGGGUAGGUCCAGAAGACAGUACUAAUUCAAAUGAGAGAAGACUGGAGCUUCCUUCUCCAUACAUGGAAUCACAUGUUUCUGACCCUGCCAGCCGUCCUGCGAAGAAGCAAGCAACUCAUAGUUCGUUCCCUCUAUAAAGAUGCAGUUUAGUAAGAAGAACGUCAGUUCCCAAGUUAAAACAGAAGGACCUGAUCAGAUCUCUAAAUAUCCUUUUGGAAGUUGCCCCCUUUUUUGCGUUGCUUUUGGGUGUAAGGUUGCAUCUUAAUCUUAAUUUAUCUUGCAAAUAGAGAAAUUUACUAUUUUUUGGAAAUGAAAUGAAUGGCAUGGCUUGGCAUGCAUUUUGUGGUAUGAUCUGAGCAUGCCAAAACAAUGUGUACAAUGUAUACUUAUAUAUCAGUUUGGGAUUGAAAGUAUUCGAUGUUUAUUUUUA